UACAGGCUCUGGAACAUCCUCUGGUUGGCACAAUCAGGCUGAUGCACUGGUGUGUGUCAGCUAAGAAGUCACUUCAGCCCUCUGUACAACAUUAACUCAAAGCUUUCUUGGUGGCCAAGGUGGACCCUCAUGGACAUCACCACCUGGAUGACCAACCACACAGGGUGGGCAGAUUUCAUCCUGGUGGGACUCUUCAGGCAAUCUCAACACCCAGCUUUGCUUUGUGUGGUCAUUUUUCUGGUUUUCCUGAUGGCCUUGUCUGGAAAUGCUGUCCUGAUCAUCCUGAUACACUCCAGUGCCAAACUCCACACCCCCAUGUACUUCUUCGUCAGCCAGCUGUCCCUCAUGGACAUGAUGUCCAUCUCCAUCACUGUGCCCAAGAUGCUCCUGGAUCAGGUACUGGGUGUGAGUACCAUCUCCGUCCCUGAAUGUGGGAUACAGAUGUUCCUCUACUUGACACUAGUAGGUUCUGAGUUUUUCCUUCUGGCAGCCAUGGCCUAUGACCACUACAUGGCCAUCUGCCAUCCACUUCGCUAUCCAGUCCUCAUUAACCAUAGAGUGUGUCUCCUCCUGGCAUCUGGCUGCUGGUUCCUGGGAUCAGUGGAUGGCUUCAUGCUGACUCCUGUCACCAUGACCUUCCCAUUCUGCAGAUCCCUGGAGAUCCAGCACUUCUUCUGUGAAGUCCCUGCUGUGAUGAAGCUCUCCUGCUCAGACACCUCGCUCUAUGAGACUCUCAUGUACCUGUGCUGUGUCCUCAUGAUCCUCAUCCCUGUGACAGUCAUUUCAGGCUCCUAUUCCUGCAUCCUCCUCACCAUCCACAGGAUGAACUCAGCAGAGGGCAGGAGGAAGGCCCUGGCCACCUGCUCCUCACACAUGAUGGUGGUCACACUCUUCUAUGGUGCUGCCGUCUACACCUACAUGCUCCCCAGCUCCUACCACACCCCUCAGAAGGACAUGGUGGUGUCUGUGUUUUACACCAUUCUCACCCCUGUGCUGAACCCCUUAAUCUACAGUUUCAGGAACAAGGAUGUCACUGGGGCUCUGAGGAAAAUGUUGAGUAUGGGACCUGUCUUUCAGGAAACAGUAAAGUAG